AGCCCGUUUUGCGCGGCGCGUGCCCGCCUGAAGCUGAAAAGAAGGAGAAGCGGAGACCGCGCGACGACUGCACGGAGUGAAGUGGAGCCGAGAGAACCGAAGCUGCUUCGCUUUGUGUCAGAGGAUGAAACACGCGGAGUUCUUGUUUUAGAGCAGAAAUGCAAUAACGUAGGCUUCGGAUGUGACCGGAUUGGGGACAAAGCCCACAGUUUAGAGAGGCGUUCCUCGUUUACUGGGCUAAUAUUAAAACUCUGGCGUUUAAACACUGACAUACUGAAGAUGCUACUUGUUUCCAGACGCUGUUCAACUUUUCGAGCCUCGCUGCUCGCGCUCUGGCUUCACCUCAGCACCUGGCGAACGGGGGAAGCAAUUCACCCAGCAUGUGCCCUGGUGGCUCAGCACAUGAAGGCUCAAGAGCAGUGCAGUUACACUCGGCAAAAAGAGAGGAGUAAUCACACCGCGCCAUCUGGAUGCCAGACCGAGUGGGAUGAGAUUCGCUGUUGGAACAGAGCUGAAGUGGGACAAGUGGUUAAUGUCUCUUGUUCUGAAGUGUCCCAGCUCUUCGCUAAAAAUCAUGGUUACAUAUACCGAAACUGUACUAAGAAUGGCUGGAGUGAUCUUUACCCAUCCUAUGAAGAGGCAUGCAUAUUUGCGGAUGAAGUGGAGGAGCCUGAGACCACGUACUAUUCCACCUUCCGACAGGUGUACACUGCAGGCUACGCUACCUCACUCAUUUCCCUCAUUUCAGCUAUCUUCGUCUUCACAGCCCUCAGGAAAUUCCACUGCACAAGAAACUACAUCCACAUCAACCUGUUUUCCUCCUUCAUCCUGAGAGCGAGUGCUGUCUUUAUUAAAGAUGGCGUCCUCUUCACAGAUGAAACCCAAGACCACUGCUUCAUGUCUACUGCUUCGUGUAAAGCAGCAGUGGCCUUUUUCCAGUUUAGUAUCCUGGCUAACUACUUCUGGCUCCUGGUAGAGGGCAUGUACCUUCAGACUCUGCUGGCCCUCACGUUCGUCUCACAAAAGAAGUAUUUUUGGUGGUACAUCCUUAUUGGCUGGGGACUUCCAACAACAAUAUUGACCAUUUGGGUUCUGGCCAGGAACUUCUAUGACAACAGGGGGUGCUGGGACGAUACGGACGUGGCCUUCAUUUGGUGGAUUAUAAAGGGACCAAUUACAACAUCCCUUCUGGUCAAUUUCAUAAUCUUUAUCAACGUGAUCAGAAUACUGGUGCAGAAGCUGAAGUCUCCUGGAGUUGGAGGCAAUGACACCAGUCAUUUUACGAGGUUGGCGAAGUCAACUCUGUUCUUGAUACCACUGUUUGGAAUGCAUUACAUGGUGUUUGCGUUCCUGCCAGAGAACACCGGGGAGGAUGCUCGCCUCUACAUUGAGCUUGGACUGGGCUCUUUUCAGGGCUUUGUUGUGGCUCUGUUAUACUGUUUUCUCAAUGGAGAGGUGCAGGCGGAGCUGAAGAAGAGGCUGUGGAAGUGGCAGAUGCAGGGCUACCUGAGCUACAGUAAGAGGAGGAGGACACUGUUCACAGAGAGCAGCACUGUCACUCAGAUUUCUGUUCUAGAAAAAUCCAGCCCCAAGGAGCAGCCUUGCAGUGAACUGCAGAACAGUGUUUCAGUAGUCUGAACCCACAAAGACACUCCAGCUCAACCGCCAUUCCUCUCACUUCCUUUCAGAGGCUUCCUCAGCCCGAGAAUAGUUUUGAUACAGUGAAACGAGAUCAUUAAUAUCAUUAAUAUUAAUAUUCUUACUGUUGUUAAUACCAUUCAUACUAAAGUCAGGGGUUUAAUACAACAUUGUCACAACUGUUGGAGUAAAUAUUUGUAUACAGAGAAACAAUAGCCUACAAUGCUGUGUAGGAAUGAUUCAACAUGCUUUAAGGCCAGUUUUGAGUUGAUCGACAAGUUGACCGUAUGUAGGCCACCUACACAUUUUAAGAGAUGAAUAAAUGUUAUAGCAGGUUAGAAAAUCAUUAUACACAAGACAAAAGCACAAACCUGAUCUGCACCACGGUCUAAAUAUAAAUAUAUAUAUUUUUUGUCAUUGUAAUCAAACAAAGACAAGGCAAAGAUGUUUCUUAUGACACUGAAGGGCACUUCUAAAAGACGUCUUUACUUACACUUUAACAAAAAUAAGUUAUCACAAUAUGGACAAAACAGAUGAUUAUACUGUUUUUUUAUAUUUCAGUGACUUUUAUAGACUUAAAAACAUCAUGUACCCAAAAUAUUUUAUCUUUUGUCUGGGCAGCUUCAUUUCAUGCGUUAAUUAAUAUACAUCCAUUCCUGCAUUUCAGGUCACUGCUAAAUAUUCUGGUGUUGUCAACCAGUUAUUAUAUUAACAGUUUCUCAAAGAAAGAUGGCAUACUGGUAUGUCUCCCUCUACAGUUCAUAAUAUUAUUAAACAAUUCAAGGAAUAAGCUAAACACCUGUGAUCUCCAAUUAUCCAAUCUUUCAGAGGGCACUGCAUGAAGAAUAAUACAGUGACCAUACAAUAUUUUGUGUAAUCAGGACCAAUGAGAAAAAUCACUGUUAUCAGCAACAAGUCCAAAAGCCAGGAUAUGUCAUGGUAUGGGGUUCUUAGAUUAGAUAGAUUAGAUUAAACUUUAUUGUCAUUAAAAUGUACAAGUACAAAGCAACGAAAUGUAGUUUAGCAUCUAAUCAGAAGUGCAAUAGCAGCAAAAUAUACGUGCAAGUGCAAAAUAUAAAAAAUCUGCAAAAUAUAGAUGGAUAUGGAUGCAUAUAAAUAUUUACAGUAAAUAUAACAAUAGUAGGGUAUAAACAUAUAGAUCUUUGAACUAAAUACAUGUCCUGCCUUUAAGAUGACAUCUUUUUCAAUGAUGUCCAUACACUAUUCAAUAGGACACUGCAAAACCACAUGCUGCACACAUUACAAGAACAUGGGUGUUAGAGACCGACCGAUAUGGGUUUUUCUAAGGCCGAUGCCGAUACCGAUCAUUAGUGGUCAGAGUCAGCCGAUGGCCGAUGUGACCUGCCGAUUUUUAGGGCCGAUAUGCUAUCGUAUUAUAUUUAUUUGGCAUGCUUAAAAUCAUACUAGUAAGAGGAGGAACAACAGUUGUAAACUUCACACAAUUUAUUGAAAAUAAGGUUAGCAUUUUAUAGUGAC